GGAUCCUGUGCAUGGUCAAGUGUUAGUGGACGUAAGGUUCAGCUACGUCCGGUCAGUAUUCUGAGUCUGACGGAAGCAGAACGACUGGCGCUCCAGAAGGUGGCCCUGGUCAGGCUUCAGAGUUUGGAGCUUGGCUGUAAUGUGAUCAUACCCAAAGAAACGGCUGAAUCGCCCAGAGUGAAAAAGUCGCCGCUUUCUUUGAAAAAACGCUCCAAGUCCGUGAGUGCCUCCGCCUUGGACACAAUGGCCAAAGAAGGAACUGCAGUGGGCCUGGUGUUUGGGAUCCCCUUGCUUCGAUGUGUGCUGAAUGAUCGAGAGCUGGAAUCCAGGAGAAGACAAAUAGCUGCUGCUAUCCCCUCAGCAUCGCCAGCUUCUCUGAAGCCAACAUCCGACAGCAGCGAAAAUUUGUUGGUGUUUAGUUCUGCCAGGAAAUCCAGCAGCUCCUCUCAAGGAUCGAUGGAGAAUGGUAGCAUUGUUGUCUCUCAAAGGCUGGAUUCCUUGACUGUGACUUCGUACAGGAGAACAGCCAGCUCUGAUAGUUUAUCAGACUCAGAAUGUGGCCAGAGUUCAAAUUCCAGUUUAAUAGAUGCCCUGACGCUGCCCCCAUCCCACCCUGCAGCCCGGCCUAACAGUCUGUCUGUAGAUGGCUGCCAUCUUGCAAAUCAAGGCAUAACUCAAGUACCAUAUGUUGUCAAGGCGUGUUUUAAACAUAUUGAGACUUAUGGUUUGCAAACACUGGGCAUUUUUAGAGUGGGCAGCUCCAAAAAGAGAGUCAAACAGCUCCGGGAGGAGUUUGACUGUGGGAAAAUGGUGAAACUCACAGACGAACAUAACCCACACGAUGUUGGUGCAUUACUGAAAGAAUAUUUCCGUGAUCUUCCGGAACCUCUAUUGACAAAUGAGCUUUAUCUGCCAUUCUUGUAUGCUGAAAGAUUAAAAGAUGAGCAGAAGAGACUAACUGCCAUUAGUCUGCUGAUAUCCAUGCUUCCAGUCGCCAACCGGGACACACUUUGGGCCUUGCUUAGGUUUCUGGCAGUGGUCAGCCAACAUGCCAGGGAUCUCAUUGAUGACAAAGGAGGACUUGCUUCUGGCAACAAAAUGGAUUCCCACAAUCUGGCAACUCUGUUUGGCCCAAAUAUUCUCCACCAUACAAGAAUUACCACAGACAAGGAGUUGAUUUCUGAGUCGGUGGAGCGUGUGGAGCAGAGCAAAGAAGUGAUUGAGGUGGUUAAAGACAUGAUUGACAACCAUCAUGAGUUGUUUGAGAUUUCUGAGGGUUUGAGAGAUGAUGUUCUGCGGUUGUUGGUCAAGUCAAGCCAAGAAACUGUGGACAAGAUACUCAGAAGUUUAGCUAGUCAAAAUCAAAUUGAGACUGAUCCAGAGUCUAUGGGAAGUGUCUUUGAAGAGUCUUCCAACAGUCCAAUAUUAUACCAUGCUACAAACAGUGAUGCUGAUUUAAUAGCUUUAGCUCGGAAGCAAACAGCAGCAUCCCAUCGCCCUUUGAGGAUUACCAAAAGUGCAGAUGACAGCUUAGACUCUCCACCACCAAACUCUUCAGACCUUGAUCCAUCAUUGUUUCAAACUUCGACACCAGUGUCAAGAGACAUUUAUAAAACUUUGCCUUCAAAGCCAGCUUUUCAACCUGAGAAAUUUAAUUCAAAUCACUCAUAUCCCAGUCCUGUCUCAAACAGAAUCCCAGUUUUUCAGUUACAGUGUGAACAGGAAAAUACUGAAGUGGUGCUUCGAAAUCGGUUAGAAAUUGGCAGUUUUGAUCGUCCUUGCUCAGAAGGGUAUAACCAAUGCCUGAACAUUCCACGGCCACUGUACCUUCGAGAAAACAGUGGCUCCAGUACAAACAGUGUUGCCUCAUCCUCUAGGAAUAGUUAUGGAGGAUCAGAUAAUCCAAAGUUUGGUCAGCAAAUCCUUUUAACUCCCCCAAGAUCACGAGCUUCCUCUCCUAAACAGCUUUUCCAAACUGCAUCACCAUCAUCAUCUUCCACAACAUUAACAGCUUCUCCAACAAGUUCACAGAUUGUCCAUUUAACAUCUCACAUAGACAGUUGUAGACACAACUUACCAAUUGGUUCAACAGAGUGGGAAAAGGAAAGGUGGAAGUAUUGGGAAAGACUGGCAACACAGAAAAAAACUUCAGAGGCGGAGCAAGAAACUCUAGUAUGA